CCCAACAUGUGACGUCAUCAACAUGCGCCGUCACCAACACGCUGGAGAAAAGCGUUCACGACCUUUCCAGCAUACACAAUCUCAUUAAUAUGUGUUUAUUUAGCUUCUGAGGGACAAUUAAACGCGUGUGUGGGGUUUGGGAGAAAGCCGGAGCAAAAAUGCUUCGACUUCCACUCAUGGUUUUGGGCAGAGGAGUCGCUAAAAGGUUCACGUCUUCGUUCCCCGGGGAGAGCGCUCUCCCUCCAAACCUACUGCUGCCUUCCAACCUGGUGGAUCCUGCCCGGUUAAAACGGCCGCCCCCUGCAGACUCCUCCCUGCCCCUGCUGAGGAAGUGUGACGCCGCCGUCCCGGCUCACCGGAGCCCCGUCCAGACCUGGGUGGAGACUCUGGAGAAGGACAGCGAGCCGCUGGGAGUGACUCAGCUCCACCCCGACGUCUUUGCAGUCCCUCCGAGGCUGGAUAUUCUGUACAGUGUUGAAAUAUGGCAGAGGAAUUACAAAAGAAUUAGCCACGCCAACACAAAGACCCGGGCGGAGGUCCGAGGUGGAGGCAGGAAACCCUGGAACCAGAAAGGAAGUGGAAGAGCUCGCGUUGGAAGCAUCCGAUCACCGCUGUGGAGAGGAGGUGGGGUGGCACACGGGCCGCGUGGGCCGACCAGCUACUACUACAUGUUACCCAUGAAGGUCCGGGUGCAGGGGCUCAAGGUGGCGCUCAGCUCCAAGAUGGCUCAGGACUAUCUUCACAUCGUGGACUCCCUGAACGUCCCCACGCCGGACCCCCAGUACCUGCUGGACCUGAUCAGAGACCGACACUGGGGGGAGUCGGUCCUCAUAGUGGAUGUUGGUGAACAGUUUCCUGAAAACAUCCUUCAGGCCACAGCAGACUUGAAGAAAGUCAACAUCAUUCCAGCUAUCGGUCUGAACGUGCACAGCCUGCUGAAGCACGAGGCCGUGGUCCUCACCCUGGACACGGUCCGGUUCCUGGAGGACAAGCUGCUGUGGCACGACCAGCGCUACUCCCCCCUGUACCCGUACAAACUCCCGUACUCCGACGUCCCGUAGAGCAGCGCUCGCAACACCAACCAUCACCA